AUGGGAAGCGUUGACCGACCUUCGAAGCCCUAUUCGGUGCUGAUAGUAGGUGCCGGCAUUGGCGGACUGUCGGCGGCGAUUGGACUGUCUCGCAAGGGUCUGGAGGUCACUGUCCUCGAAGGCAAAUCGGAGUUGAACGAAUUCGGUGCCAGCAUCAGCAUCGAUCCUAACGCGGUCAGGGUCGUCAAGGCCUACGGCCUGGAGCAGCAGUUCAGGCCCUGCGUCACAGAAAACAAAUACAUCGAUCUCCGCGACGGCGCGGACAAUGGGCGGCUGGGUGCCGUCUUUCACAAUCAAGGGAACCACAGUGGUGUCCUCUGGGGGGCCCCGAAAUGGAGUAUCCACCGCGCGGAUUACCAGCAGCUCCUCGCCAAAGGCGCCCAGCGGUACGGCACCAAGAUCUUGUUCAAUGCCGAAGUCACCCGCGUCGACGUGGACACGAACACGGUGUACCUCAAGGACGGCCGUGCCCUCUCGGCCGACCUCAUCGUGGGAGCUGACGGUCUGCGCUCUGCAGUCCGGGGCUCCAUCCCUGCCAUCGCCUCGGUCGAGCUGAUCCCCUCGGACGAAAAGGCGUACCGGUGCACAGUCGACAAGGACGCGAUGGAGUCGAACCCGAAUCUUGCGUGGCUGUUGACGCAGGGCACGAGCCAAAUCUGGUUCAUGCGGGGGAAAUACAUCCUGUCGUGGCCGCUGCCGCCGCACAGGCCGUAUGACGUGGUCGUCUGCAUCGGCGACGGCUGCAACGUCCCCUACGGCUACUGGGGCAUCAAGGCCGAGCCGGCCCAAGUCGCCGACGAGUUUGGGGACGCCUGUCCCACCGUCAAGGACCUGCUCGCCAACAUCGGCCCGUGCGUCCAGUGGCGCCUCGCCGAGCUCCCUCCCCUGAGCACCUGCCGGAGCGACCAGGGUGGCACGGUCCUCCUCGGCGACGCCUGGCACGCGAUGCUCCCGCACGCCGGCUCCGGCGGGUCGUGCGCCAUCGAAGACGGCGCCGUCCUCGCCGAAUGUGUCGGCUGGGCGUGGGAAACCGGCCGGCCAAUCGCCGACGCCACGAGGGCGUACGAAGCGCUCCGCAAACCGCGCGUCGAGCGCAUCCAGGCGGCGAGUCACGACGGGGUGGGGUUUUUGAACGGCCACGACGCCGAGGCCCGCAACGCGUUUCUGGCCAGACAGCUCGUGGUCGACGAGGCUGAGCUGGCCCGGCCCGAGGAGGAGAGGAGGGCGCAGUCUCGUCCGCCGGCAAACAUGCAUGCGCCGUUCCCGAGCCCGUCGUAUCUGCAGUGGUUGUACAGUUACGACGCUAUCAAGGAGACGCAGAAGUAUCUGGCUCGAGAAGAAGCAUCUUCAGGACCGUGA